GCCGUGCGGGGAUGGGGAGCAGCGUCCGGGGCUGCUGGAAACCCCAGGGACACACAAAUAUCUGCAUCUCUGAGCAUCUCUGCAAGGAAAUAACGCCCCGAUCCCUGCCGGGGCUGUGACCCCCUUUGCCUGUGCCAAGGCUGUGCCAGUGUCCUUGUGCCCCCCAGCCGCGGGGCUGUGUCUGCUGCCCCCUUGUCCCCCAGGAGGGAUUGGCGUUGUGUUUGCCCCUGCACCCCCUCCUCAGCCCGGAGAUGAUGUUCUCUCCCAGCCGAAGGUGCUGACGAGGCUGGGGGGAGCCCGGCCGAGCCCGUGCGAUCGCCGCCAGCCCUGUGCAGACACCUCGGUGCUCGCCGGUGUCACAGCCAGCCCCGGUGGCCUUUGGGGGCUGUUCCGAGCAGCAGAGGGGCGCAGGGACUCCAUCAGCAGCGUGUCCCGGGGGUUUGGAACAUGGUCCUGGAGGUGCAGGCAGCGUCUUCCCUCUGUCCAGCACGCAGUGACGGGGAGCCCCGGCGGGGAAAUGCAUCCUGAAUGGGGCUGAGGCCCCCUGCCCGGGAAUAUGCAGCCUCGGCACCGCGGGGGCAGCACCGGGGCCGGAGCGCGGCGGGAUGGUGGCAACCUUCAAGAUCGCCGUGCUGGGAGCGCAGGGCGUGGGCAAGAGCGCCAUAGUCCGGCAGUUCCUGUACAACGAGUUCAGCGAGGUGUGCGUGCCCACCACGGCCCGCCGCGUCUACCUGCCCGCCGUGGUCAUGAACGGCCACGUGCACGACCUGCAGAUCAUGGACUUUCCCCCCAUCACCGCCUUCCCUGUCAACACCCUGCAGGAGUGGGCAGACGUGUGCUGCAGGGGGCUCCGGAGUGUCCAUGCCUACAUCCUGGUCUAUGACAUCUGCUGCUUUGACAGCUUCGAGUACAUCAAAACCAUCCGCCAGCAGAUCCUGGAAACGAGGGUCAUCGGCACCUCGGAGACGCCCAUCAUCAUCGUGGGCAACAAGCGGGACCUGCAGCGGGGCCGGGUCAUCCCGCGCUGGAACGUCUCCAACCUGGUGAAGAAGACGUGGAAGUGCGGCUACAUCGAGUGCUCGGCCAAGUACAACUGGCACAUCCUGCUGCUCUUCAGCGAGCUCCUCAAGAGCGUGGGCUGUGCCCGCUGCAAGCACGUCCACACCACCAUCCGCUUCCAGGGCGCGCUGCGCAGGAACCGCUGCACCAUCAUGUGAGGAGACCCCUGCCCAGGGACCCCCCAAACCUGGGGAUGGUUCUGCUGCACCAUCCUGUGAGCCCCCUGCCCAGGGACCCCCAAACCCGGGGAUGGUUCUGCUCCCCGGGCAGUGGGAGCUGUGCUGGAGGCACCUCUGGGCUUGCUGAGGUGACAUUUGGGGACAGGGGGUGCAGGGGGACAGCGAGGAGUGAGGGAUGGCCCUGAGCUCUCUGCAAGCCUGCAGAGCUUGAGGCCAAAGCCAUCCCAGGGGGCUGUACAUGCCACUGAAGGGUGGAGGAGGUGCCCAAAUUUUUGGCUGUCCCUUCAUCCUUGCCAGUUCCUGCCCUGGCAGCACAGGGGCAGCUCCUGGUGCUGCCUCAUCACCUGCUCCUGGAAGGGAAUUAUCCAGCACCUUUAUCCCGGUGCUCUGGGCAUGGCUCUGUCUCUGGGGCACAGGGAAACAGGAGCUCUGCUUUUCCCCUUGUGGGAUUUCUCCCUGUGGAGGGCAGAGCAGCCAGAUUACAUGCGCUGUCUUUAGGUUUGGUCAGGUCAGACCUCCAGGUGGAUAUUCUGGAUGAAAGCAAGAAAAGGGGGGAAAAGUAAAUCCCAGUCCUGCUCCUGACACCCCCAGGAGCUGAGUUCUGCCUUCCCAGGGCUCUGAGCCCCCCUGUGCCCCAGCACAGCCCCAGCACAGGAAGGCUGUGAGCACCAAACAACCUGGGAAUGCUCCUUGCUGGGCAGGUCACCCCUCUGCUACCUCUGCUCCUGGGCUCAGCAGGUGACCAGCUUUGCACCCCAGCCCCUGGGGUGUCCUGGGCAGGUGGGCACCCCCCUGUGCCCCCGGCAGUGCCACCAGGCUGGAUUUUCCCACAAGGAUGUUGCCUCGGCAGCAACAGGGAGCUGGAGCAGCACUUCCAGCUGAAUUCCUGCUUUGUUUUUUUUUUUUUUCUCUCUGCAUAUCCCUAAUAGCAAAGUGAGUCCCCCAUGUUUUGUUUUGUUUUGUUUUUUAAUUAUCUUUUUUAAUUGUUUAAUUAUUAUUUUUUAAUCUUGUGGUUUGUGUUUGCACCAGAGCCGCAGCUCGCCUGCAUGCUGCCCUGCAGGGUGGGCUGGCAAAGGGCAGCCCCUGCUAGGAAAUGGUGAUGGGGUGGUGGAGGCAGAGCAAGAGGCCGAGAGGGUCGUGGUUUCUCCAUGGCUGGUCCCUGUGACACACAGGGAAACACCAUCCUCACCUGCUGAGGCAGGAUCUGAGUCUGAUCCAUGCUCCAGCAAAUCCAUCCCCGUGAUUCCUGCUGCCACAAGGAGCUGGAAGGGUUCAUCAGAACAGGACACCCAAGCCCUCUCUGCCACCACAGCCUGGUGUCCAGCACAGCUCCACUGUGCUCUUGGAAUUGCUUCCCAUCCAAGGCAGCUCCAGCUGAGCUCCAGUGCCUCUGACCACCCCAUCCCUGUGCCAGGGCUGGGCGUGCAUCCUGCUCCUCCCUCCCUGCUUGGGGAAUCAAACCCCUCGCUCCAAAAUUUAAAACAAGAAAGGGAAAAAAUUAGGAAAAGCAAUGGGGGGACACGAGUCCAUCUCAGCCAGGAAGGGCAGUGGCACUUGUCACCAUCCCUUGCCUUCGUGGCAAACCUGGCUCCCUGUCCAAGCUCAUCCUGACAGGAUUUAUUAACACAUCUGAGUCCACUUAUCGAUCUCUGGCUAGAGCUUUACCCCUCCAAAUUGUCUGAGAAGGAAAUUCCUUGGUAAAUGCUAAUAAUAAAGCAUUUCUAAAGUGCUCACACUACACAUAUCAACGACUAAGCCAAUACAUUGUUUGUUAUAACCCUGUAGCCUGCAGUUUAUAGCACAAUUAGUUACAGGUUUUUAUAGCAUCUAUUUAGUAUUUUGAAGAAAAAAAAAGAAGAAAAAAAAAGGUUAUAAAUAUAAUUGUUAUAUUCUAUUGUACUUUAUAGACAGAGGAAGUUAUAUUAGUAAUAACAACAACUCUCACUGCUUCCACAGCACUUCCCAGCUCCUGGAAGAACGAGGGCUACACAGAGCUCCUCUCCCCAGAGCCCAGGAAGGGGUGGGUGGUGCAGGCAGGGAGAUCCCAGCUGUCCAGGCGCAGGGAUUGGAGCACGAGCACCCUGCGGCCCUACUCACACCUUACUACAGAUUUACCACUCACCCAACGCCUCCCUGGUCCUGCUGAGAGCAGCCUGGGCCUGUCCCAAGCUGGGAUGUCCCCGUUGCUGUGCCCAGGGCAGUGCCAGGUCCCUGCCCUGUGCUCCUGGGGGUGAUGCUGGGUUCACCAAGGAUGCUCCCCUCUCCUCCUCCUCCUCCUCCUCCUGCCCCACUGAGCAUCCCAAGCCUGGACUUGGCUUCCCUUUCCCCCCUGGACUCCUUGUUGGAGAUUCCUGAGGUGUCUGCACCGCCUGUGACGCCCUGCACCUCCUUCUUUGAAAUUGAAUUAAAAAUCAGGUCUGUCCCCUUGUUC